AUGAAACCAAAACGUGUAUCAGGUAUUUUAUUACAUAUAACCAGUUUACCGGGACCAUAUGGUAUCGGUGAUUUUGGUUCGGAAGCGUAUAGCUUCAUCAAAAUGCUCUUUGAAACAGAUCAAAAAGUAUGGCAAAUAUUACCAUUAACACCUACUGAAAAUUGUUCACCAUAUUCUGGUACAUCAGCAUUUGCUGGUCAUUCAUUACUUAUUAGUCUUGAUAAAUUAGUUGAUAUGAAUCUGUUGUCAAGAGAAGAUUUUUACGUAUUAUCAUCAUUUAAUUUCGAUGAUCAUUAUGUUAAAUUCAAUCAAGUUACAAAAUUUAAAACAAUAAUGUUGAAAAAAGCAUUUAAAAAUUUUCAAGAACAACAAUAUCGAUUUAAUAAUUCAUUAGAACAAUUUAUUCAAGAAGAGAAUUAUUGGCUCGAUGAUUAUUCAUUAUAUAUGACAAUUAAAGAAUUACAAAACAAUCAAACAUGGUCACAAUGGCCACAUGGAUUAAAAUAUCAUGAAGAAGAAGCAUUACAAGAAAUACGUGAAACACAAAAAGAUUUAGUGCAAUAUUAUAUUUUUAUUCAAUAUAUAUUUCAUCUUCAAUGGUCUGAAUUGAAAGCAUAUGCUAAUGAACACGAAAUAACAAUUAUUGGUGAUAUGCCUGUUUAUGUUGAUUAUAGUUCAGCUGAUGUAUGGGCAAAUACACAUCUAUUUCAAUUAGACGAAGAAACAUUAUUACCAUCGGUUGUUUCAGGAUUUCCACCAGAUGAUUGUAGUGCAGAAGGUCAAAACUGGAACAUGCCUAUUUAUGAUUGGAAUAACGAAUCGAGAAAACCUCAAGUAUUUCAAUGGUGGAUAAAACGUUUAAAAAAAGCAUUACAAACUCUUGAUGUUGUACGAAUUGAUCAUUUUCGUGGUCUUGAAUCAUAUUGGUCAAUACCUGUAGAUGAAAAUUUUGUUCCAUUCAAACCGGUAGAUGGUGAAUGGGUAAAAGCACCAGGUGUUGAUUUUUUUAAUGCUGUUUUCAAAGCAUUAGGACAACAUUUACCUGUUAUAGUUGAAGAUCUUGGUAGUUUAACAAGAGAAACAUUUGAUUUACGUGAUCGAUUCAAUUUAACUGGCAUACGAAUACUUCAAUUUGGUUUCGGUUUUUAUCCAGAUAAUAUGUAUCGUCCACAUAAUUAUAUACCAAAUUGUGCUGCAUACACAGGCACACAUGACAAUCCAACAGCAAUUGGUUGGUGGACAAAACAUGCUGAAUAUUAUGAAAAGAGAGCAUUUGUAAAUUAUAUUAAAUCUCCAGAAGGGUUUGACGAAUACGAUAAUGUUGACGAUAAAGAUAAUGGUAUGAUAUAUCAUUUGAAUUGGCAUAUUCAUUGGUAUUUUAUAAAAAUGGUCAUGGCGUCAGUAGCCAAUAUUGCUAUUAUUCAAUUUCAAGAUCUACUCGGUUUAGAUGAUGAGGCAAGAAUGAAUGAUCCAUCAUUACGUAAGUAG